AUGAAAUAACUAAUAUAGGUACUAUCAGCAGUGUUGAUCACGGUUGGUAUGUUAUACUAAUUCAGUCCACAACCAAAUAAGGAACAGAAUUUAAGGGAUUGGUGCACUAAUUUUGAUGGUGACAAUGGAUGUAAAGGAUCACAGACUGACAAUCCCUCUGACUGGUUAAAUAGAAACUUUUAAACUCCCCAAAAAGGAGAUUCUUUAUGGCGUGAAGGAUAUUAAGAUUAUCAUAUUUUAUAAGGAUAUGCUUAAUAAAAAUAUAGUUCAGAUCUUAGAUCGUGCUCAAUCUCAAUUUAUACAAGAGUAAACCCAGAAUAUCAAGGUUCCUUAGUAUAUAGUUUUGAUGGCGAGGAACAGACCUCUCCUAACAAAACCUUCUCAGCUCCCAGAAGUGAAGUGUAAAUCAAAGUUUAUUUGAGAGCUGGAGGAGAAAUAACUAUCGCAAAACUUGACCUAUAACCAGUAGAUUUCGUAUGGAAUCAUCCGACAGUAAAUUAAUCUAGCCAUUAUAAAAAUGGAUAGAAGGGAGCUAUCGUUGAAUUGUUUGGUUGGAAAUAUGAGGAUAUUGAAUUGGAAUGUGAGAUGAUUGCCAAGGCUGGGUAUAUGGGAGUCAAAGUGUUCCCCCCUUAAGAAUCAAUAUUGGAUUAUGAACAUCCAGAAAAUGGAGAAUUGAAUCCAUGGUAUUGGUUAUAUUAGCCUGUGUCUUAUCGUCUUAAUUCUCGUAUGGGUACAGUAGAGGAACUAAGAAAGAUGAUUAAUACUUGCCAGAUCAAAGGGAUUGAGAGUAUACGCAGAUGCUGUUGUCAAUCACAUGAGUGGUAAUGGUAAUGA